CGACAAGGGGUGGUAGGAAAGUCGAGCUCUGGUUUUGGGAUUUGAUUUGAUUUGAUGGGCCGGCAGACACGACGCAAGCCGAAACCAAAAGAAAAACUACAAAAAAGAACGAACCAACUUUGAUUUUGCCGGGGAACGUCAACCCGGAGGCAGUUGAACAAAGGGGGAGCAUAACAACAGGAACGAGGUCGACGAACGACGAACGACAGGAGGAGAGAAAAAAAAAAAAAUACGCAUCCCGGCCUCCAAAACCAUGGCAGCCAGCAGCGCCUCGUCGUACAUCCGGCUGGCCAAGACGCUGCCGCCACGUCUGCAGGUUUUCCUGUCGCGAUACCCUCCGGCGGCGAUCCUCCCCACGGCCAACACCAGCACCGGCACCAGCACCACGACUGGCGAGGCCCAAGACCCGCCUCCGCAGACGACGUACCAGCAGGCGUCGCCCAACCCUUUCAAGCCGACAAAGCACCCGGUGACGGGCCUCUGGCAGAACCCCGUCUACUCGCUGCGGCGGCAGGCGGAGCUCGUCAAGCUGGCGCGCGACCACGGCGUCGAGGAGCUGCUCCCCGCCGGGCCCAAGGGCACCGACGUCAGGCUGCGGAAGCGUGUCGAGCUCGGUCUCAGGGUCAAGGGUACCGGUGUCGGGCAGAAGGUCAAGGGUCACAUCUUUGAGAGGAAUCUCGUCGACAAGAUGGAGAAGAGGAGAAAGGCCAUGCGCGACAUGCCCAAGCUCAUUGCCGAAUGGAAACGGACCGGACGGAAGAACUGGACCAAGUUCCCGAAAUAAACGAUUGGUUGGAGAUGAAUGGGCGACGGCGGCCAUCUCCGGUGUACAUAUCUUGUAUCAACAUGUUUGCAUGGGUUUUGUCAAGACUUGUGUCUCCAUAUCAAAUCAUAUCACGCAGUGUUGCAGACCUGCAAAGCAAAUGUACUUCAUCCCCAGCGGCGGCUCCUACGGACAAAGGAGCCCGCUCAUGCUGGGCUGUAAUAUCAAAAACCGUCUCGGAGCUAGCACCAUCGUCAAUGAGCAACAAUACAAGAUAAUGUACAUCUCCGAGGUAACGCAUUACGAGGUGCUGGGAAUAUCGAGAGAUAUUCUCGACGAGGCCAAGGACACGCAACGACAACAAAUCAUCAAGCGCGCCUACCACCGCGCUCUUCUUAGGCACCACCCGGACAAGGCAGCAGCAGCAGCCGCCGCCUCCGCAACAGCGACCCCGUCAAAACCAACGGCGCGAGGGGCGGCACCGACAGGGCAGGCAGCAUCGACCAGGGGCACCAUCUUCACAAUCGACCAGAUAUCCACAGCUUCGGCCGUUCUUUCAGACCGGGCGCGCAGGAAGGAAUACGACGCCGCCUUGAGCCUCUCGCGCACCGCCGGCGGCGCCGACCGUCACGGAGACGCAACCGGCCGACAGCCGUCCGACUUCCAGACCGGUAUCGAGACCGUCGAUCUGGACGACCUGGACGCCGACGAGGAGCGCGGGUUGUGGUCACGUGGGUGCCGAUGUGGGAACGAGAGGGGCUUCGAGCUGAGCGAGGACGACCUGGAGGCGGUUGCUGACGAGGGCGAGCUUAUAGUGGGAUGCCAGGAUUGUAGCUUGUGGCUCAAGGUGCAUUUCUCUGUCCUGCAUGAAGAUUGA